AUGACGACCUCCAUAUACGAACCAAUGAACGGAUUAGCCCCUCCUGGAGUUCAUCCAGUGGCCAUGUCCCGUCCCCAGGUCGGUAUUGAGCGCCUGCCGACACGGCGGAUGAGCAAUGAGCCGCGGGAAUCUAUGAACUGCAAGUCAUGCCGCAAGCGCAAGAUCAAGUGCAACAGGCUUCGGCCCUCUUGUGAAGCUUGCCAAGUCUUCCAAUGUCCAUGCAUAUACGAUGCUGUACCGAAAAAGCGUGGACCGAAAACGGAUGUGCUGGAAGCACUCUUGAAGAGAGUAGAUGGCCUGGAGGCCAAGUUGAAGGAGAAGAAUGCGGGAGAGAAGACCCCGACGACACCGACCACAGCAGGCAUCAAGGAAGAGGAGGCUGCCCGAGGAGAGACUGAGACCGAUGAUGACCCUAACCCCAAGCGCCCUGCAUUAGACACCAAGUUAGAUGCGGAUGAGUCGGCCGUCUACUCACCUGCCCCCGCAAGUGAACCGUCACCACCUGGUGUACAACCCGACGCUCUCUUGGACACCUACUUCUCAAGGUUCCAUUCCAAGCCCUACCACGUUCUUGACGAGUCUUCGGUCAGGCAAAGGCUGCAGUUGAACCAAUUGCCAAACUACUUGGUCCACGGCAUCUAUGCUGUUGCUGCGAGGUAUGAGAGGCGCGGAAUGACCUAUGAAAUCCCACUGACACGUCCAAUAAGGUACACACCUCACCCAAGUGGAUAUCAAUCAGCCGUUCAACUGAGCGAGGAGUUUGCCGCACGGGCAAGAGCCGAGAUUGACACAGAUGAACCUUCAGUAGAUGCCUUACAAGCACUUCUUCUGCUGGUCAUUGCUUUUACUGCCGCAGGCAAGGGAAAAAAGGCAUACAUGCUGAUGACCAAUGCAGUAGGGAUGGCGAUGGCACUCGAGACACACCGUGAGAUGGACAACAAUGCUCGCGUAACACCAGUUGAAAGAGAAAUGAGGAGGAGAUUGUUUUGGACAUGUUAUCUGCUGGACCGGUUUUUGGCUUGCGGAUCUAAGCGCCCCUCCCUCAUCGGGGACAAGACAAUUCUUCUCCGGCUGCCCUGCUGGUCACCGAACCCAUCAGCGCCACCUAUCGAUGGCGAAUUCUUCCAAUCCGGGUCCAACCUUCAGUUUCUCCAGGGCAGCGGGAAGAAGUCGCAGGGAAGUACAGGCAUGCUCAUUGACAUCAGCCGCAUCCUCGGCAUCACGAACCGAUACCUUGCAGCCGGGGGUGUAAAGGGCGAUUCCCACUUUCCUUGGCACUCGCUAUCUAACCUCUCCAAGAUUCGCCAAGACCUAGACAUCUGGGCUUCUGGCACCGAAGACGUGUUUUCAAGCUUGGACACGUUGUUUGGCCAAGCCGACUCUACGAUUCUUGUUUUGAGCAAGCUCAUCUAUCACCUCAUCCACUGCCUUAUCUAUCGGCCGUUCUUGCCUAUCGACCUUGCCGAGCUCGCCGGGACUGGACAACAUCAAUCAUGGCAGAUUGAAGCGACAAACAUGUGCUUCUUGCACGCGAACGCCAUUUCAGAGCUGGUAGAACUUGGCAAACAAACCGGCACUAUUGAGUGGCCUGCCUUUGUGGGUUACUGUAUUUGCACCGCCGGCACAGUCCACAUCCACGGCGCGCACUACAACAAGAACGGCAGCGGCGAUUCUACCGUGUUUAGUAUGUCCGCCGACUUUCUGUCUAGGGAGAUGCAGCAACUCAGCGAGCUGCGUUACGCCUGGGCGAGCGUGCAGCACCAGAGAGAGACUCUCCAAGGCAUUUACAACGCCCAUUCCGAGCUCGUCAAGAGCCUCGGAAACAAUCCCAUGCGGUAUUCACCGGCAUUCCACCUCGAGGACUUCUUUGAUCGGUACUCGAACAUUGGCGGGCCUGGAGGCCAAACGUUCAAUUUCGACGCGGCAAACUUGAGCCUGUCUGACGUGGUUGUUGAUUUCACCGCGGAUGCGUACACGGGUCAUGACCUCUACGCACCUCGGGCAAACAGUAUGCACGAGAGUGAGCGACCAAACCUGAAGCGCAAGAACACUGCCCCAUCUGGCCGUAAGCGCCCGGAUCCGAAAAUUCUGUCGCCGCUCAGUACGACAAGCAUGGCACCUCCGCAUGGCUUGCCGACACCAUCGCAUGCUCGGCAUUCCUUUUCGCAGGCGACCCCUACAAUGGCCACUCAUCCGUCUCCAGGCCUCCUGGCAACACCCACCUCGUUACCACCGCACCCUGAAGUCAUGGAACAUGCCUCCAUGCCUGUUUCGCACGGACAGUAUGAUGAGGCAGCAGCGAACAACGCAGCAGUGGCCGCAGCGGCGGCUGCCGGCUUCUCUCUUGGACCUCAACACCACCAGCAAGGCAACAUGCCCAACCUGUCAUCAACGCCAUUCUCUCCUCAGUUCAGCUUCGCGACUCCUGUCGCUAGCGGUAACAACGAGGGAGGUGGUAGUUACGAUCCCAUGUUUGGUGGGUUGCCAACCAAUGCAUUCAGCAGCCCUGCCGCGUGGCACGGUGACGAUGGGGGAAACAAAGUGGCAGGGGUGGCCGCGCCCAGCCCAGGGAACAAGAGCAACAACGGUAGUACUGGAACCGGCCCCGGCGAGGAAAAGGACCCGUUCCUCAGCUUGCUAGAGCAACUCGCUGAGAACGAGCAUCAAUUCGCACGUCCAGGUAGCGAGCUCGACUUUUUCUUCAGCGGCACCGGCGCGGCACAGUAA